GAGGGAGCUGUUGCGCCCCUAGCGGCAAGAUACCUUUCGCGUCACCGACUGUUCCCAAAUUGUUGACGUGGUGCGGUUCGCUACCGGACAGGAAGGAUGGCCGACCAGAGCAGGCAAAUUAAACUCGCCGCAGCCAAGAAAAAGCUGAAGGAGUUUCAGCAGAAGAGUUCUCCUGCCAGUGGAGGAGGGGGUGGAAAUGGAGGAGGAGGACCAGGUGCCAAGAAGAAGAGGAAGGGAGGGAGCCAACCAGACACACCCUCGGCUGGCCUACACUCUCCAGACAAUGCCCACGUUGAUGAGGAGGUGAGACGGUCCCCUGUCACCCAGCUACUGGAGGACCCAAACGGAGAGGCCGGCCGCAGCUCCCCUGGUUCUAACCCUGCUAGCUCUAUGUCUGCUACUAACCCUGAGUGUGUCAGCCACGCCCACAACACUGACAUGCAGAAGAACUGCACCCCUGACGCCAACGGCAAUGAAAACCAUGCAGAUGAGAAUAGACCCCUUUCAUCCACAGAGAGCCUGCGGCAGCUCUCCCAGCAGCUCAACGGACUGCUCUCUGGGUCAUCCACCACCUAUGUAAAUGGAGACGGUGCUCCCUCGCCUGCCAAUGAAAAAGAACUGGAGAGUCGAAACCAGGAGCUGGCAACCGCACUGGACUCCAGCAACCUAACAAACUCUCAGCUCAGUACCAAGCUAGACCUGCUGACCAAGCAAUCUCAGGGGCUCACAGAUCAGCUGCAAAAGGAGCGAAAGGAGUUUGAACUGAAAUGUGUGAGGGAGCAAGGAGCCAUGCGAGAACAAUUACAGGUCCACAUCCAGACCAUCGGCAUCCUGGUGUCGGAGAAAUCGGAGCUGCAGACCGCACUGUCAUACACGCAGCAGGCUGCCCGCCAGAAAACAGGAGAGGCUGAGGAGCUGAGUAACCGUCUCCAGGCCACCAAACAGAGAGUCUCUGAGCUGGAGAGAACCCUGUCCUCUGUCUCCACACAACAGAAACAGUUUGACAAGCAUAACAAAGAGCUAGAGAGAGAGAGAGACAACCUGAGGCUAGAGGUGUACAGACUAAAUAGUGUGAGUGAGGAGAGGAGGCAGCAGAGUUCAGAGCUGUCAGAGCAGCUCAAGCUGAAGGUGAGUGAGAACAGUGCUAUGAGACUGGACCUGAAUGAACUGCGCAAGAGACUGGAGAUGGCUGACGUCAUGCUGCAACAGUUUUCCAGUCAGUCAGGGCCUCCCAGUGCCAACCAGCAGAUGCAGUUACUACUGGAGGAGAAAUUACAGAUUGAGGUGCACACUGCUCAGUUAAUGGAGUCGGUGGCCCAGCUGCAGACAGAGAGAGACCGUUACGCUGAGCAGAUCCAGGAGGAGGGACAAGUAUGGAAGGACAAGACAGAGCAGCUGCUCUCUCAGGUGACACUAGUAGCGGAGGAGAGAGACAGGAGCAUCAGUCAGAUCCAGGAGCUAGAAGCCCACAUCACAGACCUGAAGCACGCUGCAGCCCUUUUGUCCCAUGAGAAAGAGGCCCAGGUAGAUCCCCAGCCCUCAGGGCCCUCAGCGAGUGAACUGGCCCUCCAGGAAGCCCUCAGCAGCCUGCAGCAGGAGAGAGACUCUCUCAACACACAGUUCCAGGCCCAGCUACGUGACAACGAGCAGCUGAGUCGUAUGUGCUCGGAGCAGGAGUCCCGUCUCUCGGAGCUGGAGCGCCAUGCGGAGCGCGGGGCCGAGGAUGCGGAGGACCGCAGGCGCAUGCUGGAGGACGUGCAGAGCGACAAGGCCACCAUCAGCCGCGCCCUAGCCCAGAACCGCACCCUUAAAGACCAGCUGGCUGAGCUGCAGAACGGCUUCGUCAAACUGACCAAUGAGAACAUGGAGCUGACCACUGCACUGCAGUCAGAGCAUCACGUCAAGAAGGAGCUGGGAUGCAAGAUGGGACAACUACAGGAGGACCUGCAUAACUUCAAGGAGCAGUUGGAGCUGAAGUCUCUGGAGUACCAGGCGCUGCUGGAGCAGCGGGACCAGAUAGUGGCCCACCUACAGCAGUACUCUGCAGGCUACACGGCCCUGGCAUCUGAGCGGGAGCAGCUCCACAGACAGUACUUGCAGCAGAGCCAGCUGAUGGACCGGCUGCAGCAUGACGAGACCCAUGGAAGGGUUCAACUGGAGAUGAGCCACAAACAGCUGGAGCAAUACCAGGAGAGGCUGGAGCGGUUGUCCAGAGACAACGAGCAGCUGAAGGCUGAAGUCACAGAGCUGCUCAACAGCUCAGCCCUGGCCACACCCCCCAGAGACCAGGGAGACGGAGUGGAGAGCCAAUCCCUGCCAGAAAGCCCACAGAAGUCCUCCAUUGCUAUCCCAGAAGACUUUGAGAGCCGGGAAGAGAUGGAGGAGUUUGUGCGCGAUGCAGUGGCACGUGUGGAGGCAGAGAGAGAUGAGGUGAGGAGCAGACUGGAGGAGGAGAGGAGACUGCACCUUGCAUCCCGUCACCAGGCUGCAGCACCCAGCAUGGAGUUCCAGCACCACAGUCAUGACCAUGAACACAACCAUGACCACGGUUACAGCCAAGGCCACACUCACAGCCAUGAUGACCACAGUCACUGUGAACACACAGUCUCAGGGUCAGAGGGCGUACCAGUGGAGGUACACGAGGCCCUGUGUGUUGCCAUGGAGAAGCUCCAACACCGCUUCACCUCGCUGAUGCAGGAGAAGGCUGACCUGAAGGAGAGGGUAGAGGAGCUGGAACACCGCUGUAUACAGCUGUCUGGAGAGACUGAUACUAUAGGAGAGUACAUUGCCCUGUACCAGAACCAGAGAGCUGUCAUGAAGCAGAAACACACUGAGAAGGAGCAGUACAUCAGUAUGUUGGCCCAGGACAAAGAGGAGAUGAAGGCCAAACUGGCAGAGCUGCAGGACCUGGUCAUGAGGUUGGUGGGUGAGAGGAACGAGUGGUACAGCCGCUAUGCUGGGAUGGUGGCUAGCACUGACACUACAGCUAACCCUGACCUGCUGCCAGCUGGGGAGGACCAUGUCCAGGCUCACCACGCACACAGACGCAUGGAGCUCAAUGCUGUGGACGGACAAGAGUCUAUGGAUCUAAGUAAAGCUAUGGAAUCUGACUCCACCACCCCUGAUACCCCUCACAGUGCACCGUCAGACUUGGUCCAGAGGCUCCCCCCAGAUUCACAGGCUCUGAGGCCCCAGGAGGAUGGCACGGCCAGGCAGAUCAUGCAGCUGCUCCAGGAGAUCCAGGGGCCCCGCACCGUGCCCUUCCUGGGGGACAAUCCCUGCAUCCCCUUCUUCUACCGGCCUGACCAGCAGGACGAAGUCAAGAUCCUGGUGGUCUGAUGAUGAGACUAUGGAGCCAACUGGCAAAGUUGGUUUGGAUCCCUGGCAAUGUUGAAGGAUCUCAACACACACACCAUUCCACCACGUCACACUUAGGUCAUCUAGGAUCACACGUACACACACUUCUGGGUAUAAGUCCUUGGCGGGUCUCACAUGCAGUUUAUUAUUCACUGCACACUAAGGCUGGGAGUUGCUCAUUCCCUUAUGCAAUAAAAUAUCUCUGUCCCCUCAGUCAGUCUAUUGAAGGAGAAAUGACGGCUUUGAGUGAAGUUAGCAGCAAUAGUAUGUGUGCGUGCAUGGACUACUCUCACAGGAUCCUCAUUCACAAUGUGUGUCUGAUUCUGGAGAAGAACUGGGAUAGUCUGUUUGGUAGUGGAGACAGACGAGGCUUGGUUUUGCCCUGUGGGCUGUGUCUCAAUUAAUUUAUUUGUCUCUUUUCCUCCAUGACAACUGAUGGGCAACAAAACAUACUCAGGCAUUUGGUCAUGAAUGGAAGGAGACUGAUACACAGCCUUAGGUAGGUGUUGGUGUGUUCUAUGGCAGUGGAGGUAGUGUGUCAGUGAAACAGGUGGAAUAGUGAAGGUCAGUAUCAAUUCAGGCUGGAGCCUUGACCUAACUGGGGAGAAAGCAAGUCAGGAAAGCAUUGGUAAAGACACUAGCAUUUGGCACAAGUUUGCAUUGUUCACUUAAUUUCUAAGUAGGGGAACACAAUGACGUCAUAGGAAAGAGGAACGUGAACGUAGACACAUGGCUGCGCUCCCCUACAAUUACCUUGUCUAUCCACCCUCUUCCAUUUGGAAACAGUGAAAUCUGAACACAUGCAUGUACAGUAGAGCUUUCUCUUAUGCCAAUGAGCCAGUCAGUUCUAUUCCCCUAGUUUGCUCUGCGUUUAUUUAUUUCAUGUCCCAUUUUCAUGUCAUCUCUUGUUUAUCAAUCGUUCAAUUCCAUUGUGCUUGUUGCCCCUCUACAUAUCAUUGAUAUGAAGUUGCUCCCUUUGAGACUGGAUGGAGAUUGUCUGUGAUAAAUGAUCCAAUAUCAAUUGUAUCCCUAAUGAUCUGAAUGUAAGUGGUCUCUUCUCUCUAGUUUCAUGGGCUUUUGUUGUUCAUGGGCUUUUGUUGAUUGUACAGAGCUUCUACUAAAAUCCUGUCCCAUCUCACUUGUUUUUUUGGACAGUAGUUUUUCUAUGGCAGACCCAUUCUAGGCAUUGGAUUUCUGUGCUUGGAGCCCUAUGAUGUCAUGAGUGCUCUUUGGCACAUCUUGGCCGAGGGUUCCACUCAAAGCUAACGAAUGGAGACUAAAGCUUGUGUGUUGAAGUGACCGAGAGCGAGUGAGAGUGUGUGUACACUUGGAGGAUGUACAGGUAUGUGUGUGUAUAUAUAGUGUUGUAUUAAUCCUAGUAACACAAGGCAGAGGAAAUGGGGGUUAAGCUCUGCUGUUUGAUUGGAAGGUCCUCCUGUUUUUGGAGAAACUUCCCAUGAUGGGGGGGUGUGUGUGUACUCAUAAUAUUUGUUGAUUUUGAAUUUCGAGGCUUCCGUAGUGUCUUUGUUGUUGACUACCGAUGUCAGAUUUUUUUAUUCAAGAAUGGAAGUCUUUAACUCUAUUGAUUACCCCUAUCUUAAUGAAAAGCAAAAACAGUCUGAAAAAUAGUAAGGUGGUUUUUGAUAAUGCUAUGAGGAAAGUAUUGGUUGUGGAGGAUGUUUUCAGGUCUGUAGAGGUGUGUGUGUAAGUGUUUACUUGGUCUGCAUUAGUUGCUAAACCAACUCUACCCUGAAGCGCAGCACUUUUCACAGUAGGACUUGACACAGUUUCUGUUGAAAGUGAAUGGACCGUUACCCCAAUCUGAAUUAAAUUCCUGGCUUAGCGUUCUCUUAUGCUUAUGAAAAAUAUUGUAAUUUAAAAUAGUUAACUUUUGUUUUGGGAGUAGUAAAACCAAGAGAAUCUUUUCAAAUAAUUUAAAAUGCCAUUAUUUUGACGGUGACGAGAUACAACUAAUAGAUUAAACUGAUUUCCCCCCCCCCCCAACACAAACUUUAUAAUUCAAUAUAAUUCAAUGUUUAUUUUGAAUGGAUGUGUGAUUAAACAGAUGAUUUAGAGACAGAGUUGAAGAUUUUCUGUUGUAAAGGAGCUGUAUAUACUGUAACUGUGUAAGAUAUUGUACAGUAUAUUCAUUCUGCCUGGUGUGGGAAUAAAGGUAAUGGCUGUUUGUAGUGUUGCUAGCAGCCCAGAGCGUUUGUCUGUCUGUUUGUGUGAGCAAUUGUUGGACACACAGCUGAGGGGUAGGGGUGAUGUCUUUGUAUUAAAUGAAAGGUUAACUAAAUUAAAAUAUAUUUAUUAGGCAUAAUUAUCCAAACUAAUCCGUUGUAAUGCAAUGUAGGCUGUUUGGGGAAGUUGAAGGAUCGUUGAGCUACACUACAUUUCUGAUGUGAUUUCUCCUGUAAGAUUUAUUUUCUCCCCUCCUGAAUAAAACUGAUUGAGCAAAGUA